AUGCGACUUCAUCCAGCGGCUCCAUUGCUUGUUCCUCAUGAAUCGAUAGAGGAAGUCAAGAUAAACGGCUACGGCAUACCUAAAGGAUCAUGUCUGAUGGUGAAUGUUUGGGGGAUCGCUAGGAACCAACAAAUAUGGUCACAGAAUGCUGAAGAGUUCUACCCUGAGAGAUUCAUUGAGGUUGAUAUAGAUCUGAAAGGGAAAGACUUCAGACUUAUACCAUUUGGGUCAGGUCGUAGAGGAUGUCCUGGUAUGCAAAUGGGUCUUACGGCUGUCCGGCUGAUACUGGCUCAACUUGUGCAUUGCUUUGACUGGAAACUCCCAAACGGGAUGUCAACCGGAGAUUUGGAUAUGAAAGAAAAAUCCGGCUUAUCAGUUCCAAGGGCUGAACACUUGAUUGCAGUACCUAAAUACCGCUUAUACUCAAAUACCCGCGAAGAGUGA